ACAGAUUGGAACCUUUAUAUGAGCGGUUCCGGAAGCAAGCACCUCCGGUAUUCCUGGGAGGUCCAGAUGUGUCGAAAGCCGAGCAGUGGCUUACGGUGAUCACCAGAAUCUUGAACUUUAUGGGUGUCACCGGCAACGACAGAGUGGUGUGCGCCACAUUUCAGUUCCAGGAGGAUGCCCUGGUAUGGUGGGACAUGGUGUCUCAGAUUCACGAUGUCACCACCAUGACUUGGGAGAGGUUCCAGGAACUUUUCAACGCGAAGUACUACAACGAGGCGGUUAGAAGCGCCAAGAGAAAGGAAUUCGUUCACCUGACCCAGCGGGAGAACAUGAGUGUCACUGAGUAUACAACUCAGUUUGACCGGUUGGCGAGGUUAGCCUCGGGUAUUGUGCCGACCGACUUCAGCAGAAAGGAGAAGUAUCUGGACGGGUUGAAUCCCAAGAUCAGGCAUGACCUGAUGAUUACCACUGACGACAGCACCACCUACGCUCAGAUGGUGGAGAAGGCACUGCGAGCUGAGGGCGCAGUGGGGUGCAUGUCAGAGUCAGCUAGUACUCCGGUUGGUGGCGGAGCUCCUACCCCUCCUGCAUCAGGCUUCAGCAGGGGGAGUAGUGGUUCGGCCAUUGAUCAGAGGAAGAGGGCACCCACUGCUUCCGGCGGCUCGAGUCAGAACAAGAGGUUCCGGGGGAACCAGAACAGAGGGAGUCGUCCUGGUGGUAAUGAGACUCGCUUCUCCUAUCCCGAGUGCCCUAUCUGCAAGAGGCAUCAUCGGGGAGAGUGCAAGGGGCAGGGAUGCUUCCAUUGUGGCAUGCCCGGGCACUUCAAGAGGGAAUGUCCCCAGCUCCGGCCAGAGGCACCGAGAGCUCCAGCGAUACCCACUCCAGCCAGGGUAUUCGCGAUCACGCAGGCUGAUGCAGAUGCCAGCCCAUCAGUUGUUACAGGUCAGAUUCUUAUUAACGACUCGUUUUAUUCAGUGCUGUUUGAUUCUGGGGCUACACGUUCUUAUGUGGCGGCCAGAGUCUUUAGUAAGUUGGGUAGACCCUUUGAUAGAUAUGAGUCAGGGUUUGGAACCCUGUUACCUGGCGGAGAAUUGGUUAUCUCCAAUAGGUGGAUUAGGUCUAUGCCGAUCAGGAUAGAUGGUAGAGAGUUGAGCGCUGAUCUGAUAGAGAUGAGCUUAGUCGAAUUUGAUAUUAUUUUAGGAAUGGAUUUCCUAUCUAAAUAUUCGGCGAGCAUUGAUUGCAAGAGGAAGAUGGUGGUCUUCCAACCAGAAAGUGAAGAACCGUUUGUAUUUGUGGGUUCGGUUCAGGGAUCUCGGAUCCCGGUGAUCUCGGCUGUGUCAGCGAGAGAAUUAUUGCACGGUGGGUGCUUAGGGUUUCUGGCCGUGGUGGUGGACACCACUCGGCCAGACACCAUUCGGCCAGAGGACAUCAGCGUGGUUCGGGAAUUUUUGGACGUUUUUCCCGAAGAACUUCCAGGGUUACCACCUCAGCGGGAGAUUGACUUCGUGAUUGACUUGGCACCAGGGGUGGAUCCGGUUUCUAAAGCCCCGUAUAGGAUGGCUCCAGCUGAACUUAAGGAGUUAAAGAUUCAGCUCCAGGGGUUGCUUGACAUAGGGUUCAUUCGGCCCAGUGUGUCACCUUGGGGAGCCCCGGUUUUGUUCGUGAAGAAGAAGGAUGGCUCUAUGAGGAUGUGCAUCGACUACAGAGAGUUGAACAAGCUGACGGUGAAGAAUAAAUAUCCAUUACCUAGGAUCGAUGACUUGUUCGAUCAGCUUCAGGGGAAGACGGUCUUUUCUAAGAUUGAUCUCCGUUCGGGUUAUCAUCAGUUGAGGAUCCGAGAGGAGGACAUUCCAAAGACGGCUUUCCGCACUAGGUAUGGA